AUGGGACAUAGUAACAAUGUGACAGAAUUUGUCCUCCUGGGCCUCACUCAGGAUCCUGAGGGGCAAAAGGCAUUAUUUUUCAUGUUUUUACUCAUCUACAUUGUGACAAUGGUGGGCAACUUGAUCAUUGUGUUGACUGUUUUUGCCAGCCCCUCUCUGGGCUCCCCAAUGUACUACUUCCUUGUCCAUCUAUCACUCAUGGAUGCAGUUUAUUCCACUGUCAUUUCACCCAAAUUGAUUAUAGACUUACUCUGUGAUAAAAAGACAAUCUCCUUCCCAGCUUGCAUGGGACAGCUAUUUCUAGAACACUUAUUUGCUGGUUCUGAGGUCUUCAUUCUGGUGGCAAUGGCCUAUGAUCGCUAUGUGGCCAUCUGUAAGCCGCUGUGCUACUUGACUAUCAUGAAUCAACAGGUUUGCAUCCUGCUGGUAGUGGUGGCCUGGGUUGGAGGUUUUGUGCACUCUAUGGUUCAACUUCUCUUUGUGUACAACCUCCCCUUUUGUGGACCCAAUGACAUUGAUCACUUCAUGUGUGACAUGUACCCAUUAUUGGAACUUGCCUGCACUGACACUUACGUGGUAAGCUUCACUGUGGUUGCCAAUGGUGGAGCAAUCUGUAUGGUCAUCUUUAUCCUUCUACUAAUCUCCUGUGGAGUCAUUCUGAAUUCCCUUAAAGCUCACAGUCAGGAAGGGAGGCGCAAAGCCCUGUCUACCUGCAUUUCCCACAUCAUGGUGGUUGUCCUCUUUUUUGUUCCUUGUAUUUUCAUGUAUGUUAGACCUGUUUCCAACUUUCCCAUUGAUAAAUCCAUAACUGUGGUUUGUACAGUUAUCAUUCCCAUGUUGAAUCCUUUAAUAUACACCUUGAGAAAUUCAGAGAUGAAAAAUGCCAUGGAAAAACUCUGGUCUGAAAAAAUGCACAGUGACAGGAAUCCACCAUCGUACUAUUGUACAGACUAG